UCUCUCAAUUGUGGGAAACCUGCUGGUCCUCAUCAUGGCAGUCAAGAGGUCAUCAAGGAUGAAACCACCAGAGCUGCUGAGUGUGAAUCUGGCCGUGACAGACCUGGGAGCAGCUGUUGCCAUGUACCCUCUCUCUGUGGCAGCAGCCUGGAACCACCACUGGCUCGGGGGAGACGCUUUGUGUUUAUACUACGCUCUGGCAGGGUUUUUCUUCGGUGUCGCCAGCAUAAUGAACCUGACCUUCAUGGCAAUAGUGCGCUUCGUUGUGUCCCUCAAUCUGUCACCCAAUGAGAAAAUCGGCUGGAGAAAGGUGAAGGUUCUGUGUCUCUGGGUCUGGCUGUAUGGUCUGAUCUGGGCUCUGUUGCCCGUCCUGGGCUGGGGGCGUUACGGCCCAGAGCCCUUCGGCCUGUCCUGCUCUCUGGCCUGGGGACAAAUGAAAAAUGAGGGUUUCAUCUUCGUCGUCAGUUUAUUUACCUUCAACCUCGUCCUGCCUUCCAUCAUCAUACUCUGCUGUUACUUUGGCAUAGCCUUCAAGCUCUUUUUCACCUACAAAAAUUCCAUUUCCAAAAUCAACCGAGUCCCCAAAAAUAUCAAGCUCCAUCGAAGGCUGUUGGUGAUUGGUGUGGUCAUCAGCUUUGGCUUUAUAGUAUGCUGGACACCCUAUGCCAUCGUCAGCAUGUGGUCUAUUCUGGGGGACAGCAGCAGCAUCCCACCUGAAGUCAGUCUCCUCCCGUGCAUGUUUGCAAAGAGCUCCACUGUGUACAAUCCUUUGAUCUACUACAUCUUCAGCAAGAGUUUCAGAAGGGAGGUGAAGCAGCUGGGCUUGUGGUGCCUCGGCUGGAGCCCCUGCCAUGCCUCCAACACCAUCAAGGACAACAACAUUAGCAUGAGUCAUGCUGGUGACAAGAGCAAAGUAGAAGUACUGACCACUUUGCAGCAGUUCGUGGAGUAAAAGACUUUAGGGUUGAAAGACUUUGUGCUGGUUAUGUGGGGGAAUAAGUCGUCUCAUGAUUUCACAAAUGUUAUCACUAGAAAACACUUGUAUUUGUAUUGUAUUUUUUCCGGUACAACUUGUGUGUGCCGUUAUGACAAAAUGAGCAGGGUAAUAAUGGCUUCUUUUACAUGCGGUCACGAUGAAAGAGACGGGGUGUUUGCACAAUAUGUUACAUGCCGUGAAAGUUGAGCCAACUAACCAAUUGUUAAGAAUUAACAAUGUGCUUGCAAGUGUCUUUGCACCCCUAAACCAACGUAGCCCAUUAAAAAAAUACCUAUUUACUGUUGAGUUAUAGAAAGAUGUGAAAGAAGCUAAAGCGACAUCCACCUUUCAUAAAAGAAUCAUGCAUUUCACAUCACAUACCAAAGGUUGUACAGCAGAACACAACAAAAACAUUAAUAUUGAGCACAGAAAGAAGAAGAAAUGUUUAAUCGAAUACUUCAGGUUUAAUCUGUAAUAGAUAUACUUGUUUGUUGGAAAAAUAACUCACCAAAUCAGUACAUUCCAGAAAAAAGGAAUAACCGUUCAGGGAUGACGUCUGCCAAAUGUUUAAAUUAAGUGACAGCUGCUCAUGUUUCAUAAGUUUGCCUCUUAAAGUGUUUACAGAAGUGACACCCACUUUCCUUGUUUACCCUGUCUGAUGCAUGUACUGUAUAUUGGCUUCUCUUUCAAUUUUAAGCAGCAAUCUACAUGUUGUUAAGGAAUGUGAUAAGGUGUUCUAUUUUGAGGAUAAAACUGUUCUUAUAACUUUCUUACCAAAAAAUGUGGUCCAAAGCCAAACAUAUAAUGUAUUCUACCAACAAACAUUGCAUUGUAUAACAUCUAGACUGAUGUUCAUUUUUAAUGAAAUAUAAUGACAAUUUAUGCCUUUUUUUGCAGAAGAUUUGCUAAUUUAUUUGGUUUCCUGCUGGAUGUUUGAUGGGAAAGUCAACACCGCUUUGGUGUAUGUAAUUAUACUCUAUUAUGUAUUCUCAAGCUACAACCCAUUAGCUGAGUCUGGCAUAAAGACUGUAAAUGGGGGGAGAAGUGCCUCCCUCCAAAGGUAUACUUAUUUUUGCCUGGUAGGCAGAUUUAGCUAUUUUCCGUUGUUUCCAGAUUGUGUGAUAAACUUUGCUAAGCUAACUGCUGGUGGUGGCUUUAUAUUAAAUAGAUCGAUAUAAGAGUGGUGUCAGUCCUGUCAUCUCUCUAAAUUUGACAGCUAAAAGUCUGUUUGAACAGUUUCUGAACAUAAAUGCAGUUUACCUAGACAGUUCAUUUAACAGUUCAAAGACACAGUGCUUUACAAAACAGUCAAGAAAGUCUCAAGUUCAGGAGCUUUUGACCGUAUCGCACAGUCCUCAUUAGCCGAUGGACUUCGCUCAGUCACAAUAGAUCUAGACACUUUUAAGUGGAUGAAAUAGUUCCACGAAAAAAAACUCAGCCUGAUAAUGAGAAACCACAUGAUACAGUUGAAGGCGCACAGUACUGUUUUUUCACAAAGAAAUAAGGCUUUGGCUAUACAGUCAGUGCUUGUUAGUAGAAUAAAGAUUUAUUCUCCUUUACAUUUGAUUUGUUAAUAAUUAAAAUAAAACAAUCUCAAUCCCCUUAAAUAAUGUACUUGUAACUCCGAACUGUGAGAACUAUGAAAAUAAAAGCUUUUAGAAAUGAGUGUGUAGCCGAUUUUCAUUCCCCAGGGUAUAAGUAGAACAGGCAAGUGAGAGUGCGUAUGGAACGUACUUUAGUACAUUACUUAUAGUAAAUGUUUUAAAGAGUGGCUGUGAAUAUCAAUAGGUUUGUACAACACGCAGAGGAUGCAUCAUUGCCUAUUACAACUUAUGUAUGUAGACUGAUACACACACAUAGGGACCACAUCUUUUUUGAAAGUGUCUGGACAACACUGUGAUGAAAGGGUAUUCCUGAGGUAGAUAAACUCUUCCACCAGCAGAAGAAUUAAGUUAAGGGUUCACCGCUGUGCUGUCACGUUAUGUAAUUGGGAGAGAAUAGAUGUAUUUUCUCCAUCUUCGACACCUUAUUAAACCUUCAAGCACUACGAUGGAUUUUUGAUAGGGAUUAUACAGAUAAUCGAUACCCUGUGGCUACAUUUUGCCACAAAUGAAAUGAGAGUGUAAAUUAUGUUAUCUUGAAGGACGCUAGGAAAAUAAAAGACAUCUUACAAACAACCAGGUUGAAGCGUUUUGGUAGCCGACUGGUUACAGAGCCAUACUGUAAAACAGAAUAUAUACUCCAUAAAGAAAGUACAUGUAAAUUGUGUUCAUUUGCAUGAGGUGUACAAAAGACAGACACACUGACUCACACACUACCUCUAGAAAGCUAACAAAGCAAGAACUUUUUAAUGAAAUCAUACUGCUCUAAUAUAUAGUCAUGGUUGUCUUGUGAUCACGCCCCCUUCUCUAAACAACAUUCAAUACCAAAACCAUUUCGCAGCAAUGGAUGAUAACCCUCUUUUUUGUU